AAUGAUAUAUUAGAUGAGAUCAAUAUAAAAUAUUAAUAUCUUGUGAGUGAUAAUAGUGUUAUGGUUAUAUAAAAGUUUGUCUCUGUUCUUAGGAAAUAACAUGCAGAAGUAUUUACGAGUGAAUAUGAUGUCAGCAGCUUACAUUCAGAUGGUUUAGAACAUGCAUGUGUAUAUAUGAGGGAGCGUAUAUAUAUAUAUAUAUAUAUGUAUAUGUGUGUGCAUAUAGAGAGGAAAUAAGAGAAGGGCGUAAAUGUGUGUGUGCAUAUAAGUAUGGCAGGUGUUAACAGUUACUGAUGAAUCUUAAUAAAUGCUAUAGAUUUUUAUAUAUUAAAAUUUUUUUGAAACAAAAAGGGGAAAUGAUGAAUUUUGGAUAACGUUUUUUUCAGAAGUUGGAAUUAUGUGGUUAAAAACCCCAGUCUCUUCUAUUUUCUCUUUUGGUACCCAGUUGAGAGAGUGUAAAUGUGUGGUUCUUUUCAAAGUCUCAGUAAUAUGUUGGAUAUUCAGUACAGAGAAGUUUCUACCAUUUCCCUAGAUUUGUGAAAAUUUAUAAAGAAACAUGCCAAGUGAAAAAAAGAAAAGAAACUUUGUGAGUAAAGACCUAGUAACAGUAGCGUGAGAAAAGGGGAUGGACGCCCCAAAUGGAAGCCCGAAGCCAAAGUGCCCCUGCAGACUCUACAUAUGACUUCUGAGAAUCAGGAAAAAGUGAAAGCUCUUCUCCGAGACCUGCAGGAACAAGAUGCGGAUGCUGGAUCUGAAAGAGGUGUUUCUGGGGAAGAAGAAGAUGAUGAGCCUGAUUAUGACGACGAGCAGUACUGGUCACCUGGACGAGAAGCUUCCCUUGUUCCUGACUCUGAUCCUUUGGAAUGUGCUGGCUCAGGCCUGGUGGAGCCUCAUAACCCAGAAUUUACAGUCUCAGCAUUUGCAGUGCACAGACUUUCCAGGUAUGGUUUCCACACUGAACACUGUCAGGCAGCGCUGAGGAUUUGCGAUGGAGACGUGGGGGCAUCACUGGAACGCCUGCUCACCCAGUGCUUUUCAGAGACAUUUGGAGAGAGGAUGAAGAUAUCUGAGGCAGUUGCGCACAUGAGCUUGGAUGAGUGUGUGGAACAGCGACAGGAAGAGGCAUUUGCUCUCAAGUCAAUCUGUGGAGAAAAAUUUAUAGAAAGAAUUCAAAACAGAGUCUGGACCAUUGGAUUAGAACUGGAGUAUUUGACAAGUAAAUUCUGCAAAUUCAAGCAAAAGGAAAGUACCAAAAAUACACAGGAGGCUUCACUUGAAGUCUGCAAAUUUUACCUCAAAGGAAAUUGUAAAUUUGGAUCAAAGUGCAAAUUUAAACAUGAAGUGCCCCCAAAUCAAAUUGUCGGAAGAGUCGAAAGAAAUGUAGAUGAUUCUCAUCUAAAUGCUAAUGAAGAUGCAUCCUUUUUAUAUGAACUUGAAAUUCGAUUUUCUAAGGACCACAAAUACCCCUACCAAGCUCCUCUUGUGGCAUUUUAUUCCACCAAUGAGAAUCUACCUCUGGCUUGUCGUUUACAUAUUUCUGAGUUCCUUUAUGGCAAAGCCUUGACAUUUGCAGAAACUUCAGAACCUGUUGUAUAUUCUUUGAUAACCCUCUUAGAGGAAGAAUCAGAAAUAACCAAGUUACUAACAAAUACCCAUCACAAGUACAGUGUCCCUCCUGUGAACUUUCUGCCAGUAUCACCUGGAACCAGACUAAAUAAUCCUGUCUGUCGUAAACCAGUGAUUCCAAGUAAUUCGUUUUUUUCGAAUCAAAUUCCAGAAGUUGAAAAAGAAUCAGAGCCUGAGGAGGAGACAGAUGAGGAUGAAGGUCCAGCACCAGUUAUGGUGGAGAAUGAAAGCUAUGUCAACCUUAAGAAAAAGAUUUCCAAAAGAUAUGACUGGCAGGCAAAAUCAGUACAUGCUGAAAAUGUCAAAAUCUGCAAGCAGUUCCGAAUAAAACAGGCCUCCAGACAGUUCCAGUCAGUUCUACAAGAAAGACAGUCGCUCCCUGCUUGGGAAGAAAGAGAAAACAUUCUCAAGCUGUUGAGCAAGCACCAAGUGCUUGUUAUAAGUGGUAUGACUGGAUGUGGGAAAACCACACAGAUUCCACAGUUUAUUCUGGAUGAUUCUCUGAAUGGACCCCCUGAGAAGGUGGCUAACAUCAUCUGUACCCAACCCCGACGAAUCUCUGCCAUCUCUGUUGCUGAACGCGUUGCUAAAGAAAGGGCAGAAAGAGUGGGUCUGACCGUGGGAUACCAGAUCCGGUUAGAAAGUGUGAAGUCCUCAGCCACCAGAUUGUUAUACUGCACCACAGGAGUGCUGCUAAGAAGGCUGGAGGGAGACACAGCUCUACAGGGAGUCACCCAUAUCAUUGUUGAUGAAGUUCAUGAGAGGACAGAAGAAAGUGACUUCUUACUGCUAGUUUUGAAAGACAUUGUGUUGCAGAGACCAACUCUUCAAGUUAUUCUGAUGAGUGCAACCUUAAACGCUGAGCUCUUUUCAGAAUAUUUUAAUUCCUGCCCAGUUAUCACUAUACCAGGUCGUACAUUUCCUGUUGAUCAGUUUUUUCUGGAAGAUGCAAUUGCUGUGACAAGGUAUGUGUUGCAGGAUGGCAGCCCAUACGCCCGCUCCAUGAAACAGAUGUCAAAGGAGAAGCUCAAGGCCAGGCGCAGCAGAACCGCAUUUGAGGAGGUGGAGGAGGACCUGCGCCUCUCCCUGCACCUCCAGGGUCAGGAUUCUGUCAAAGAUGCGGUGCCAGAUCAACAGUUAGAUUUUAAACAGCUCCUUGCCCGCUAUCAAGGAGUUAACAAAUCAGUCAUCAAAACAAUGUCCGUUAUGGAUUUUGAAAAGGUUAAUCUUGAAUUAAUCGAGGCCUUGUUAGAGUGGAUUGUGGACGGAAAGCACUCCUACCCUCCAGGUGCUAUACUUGUAUUUUUACCGGGACUAGCAGAAAUCAAAAUGCUAUAUGAACAGCUCCAGUCUAAUUCUCUUUUCAACAAUAGACGUAGUAAUCGAUGUGUUAUUCACCCACUUCAUUCGUCUUUAUCCAGUGAAGAGCAGCAGGCUGUGUUUGUAAAACCUCCUAUGGGUGUAACUAAGAUUAUAAUUUCUACCAACAUUGCUGAGACAUCCAUAACCAUCGAUGAUGUUGUCUAUGUCAUCGAUUCUGGGAAAAUGAAAGAAAAGAGAUAUGAUGCCAGCAAAGGGAUGGAAAGUUUAGAGGAUACUUUUGUCUCUCAAGCCAAUGCCCUGCAAAGAAAAGGUCGAGCAGGUCGUGUAGCGUCUGGGGUCUGCUUCCAUUUAUUCACCAGCCAUCACUUCAAUCACCAACUUCUAAAGCAGCAGCUACCAGAAAUACAGAGAGUCCCAUUGGAACAGCUCUGUCUGAGAAUUAAAAUUUUAGAGAUGUUUAGCACUCACAGUCUCCAGUCUGUGUUCGCUCGGCUCAUUGAACCCCCGCACACUGAUUCUCUCCGUGCCUCAAAAAUACGAUUACGAGACUUGGGAGCAUUAACUCCAGACGAAACACUGACCCCUCUCGGGUAUCACUUGGCCUCUUUGCCUGUAGAUGUGAGAAUCGGCAAACUAAUGCUGUUUGGGUCUAUCUUCCGCUGUUUGGAUCCUGCUCUCACCAUUGCUGCCAGUUUAGCUUUUAAGUCUCCUUUUGUAUCUCCCUGGGAUAAAAAAGAGGAAGCUAACCAGAAAAAGCUAGAAUUUGCAUUUGCAAACAGUGAUUAUCUGGCCCUUCUACGAGCAUAUAAGGGAUGGCAACUAAGUAUGAAAGAAGGUAUGCGUGCAAGUUAUAAUUACUGCAGACAAAACUUCCUGUCAGGAAGAGUUCUUCAGGAAAUGGCAAGCCUGAAACGACAGUUCACUGAACUGUUAUCGGACAUAGGCUUUGUUAAGGAGGGACUCCGAGCAAGGGAAAUUGAGAAAAGAGCCCAAGGAGGAGGAGAUGGUAUAUUGGAUGCCACAGGAGAAGAGGCAAACUCAAAUGCUGAGAACCCCAAGCUGAUAUCAGCAAUGCUGUGUGCUGCUCUGUAUCCAAAUGUAGUGCAGGUGAAAAGCCCAGAGGGGAAAUUUCAGAAGACCAGUACUGGAGCUGUCAGAAUGCAGCCGAAAUCAGAUGAGGUGAAGUUUGUCACCAAGAGUGAUGGAUACGUGCACAUUCACCCUUCAUCGGUGAACCAUCAGGUCAGACACUUUGACAGUCCCUACCUGGUGUACCACGAGAAGAUCAAAACUAGUCGCGUGUUCAUCCGAGACUGCAGCAUGGUGUCUGUGUACCCACUGGUCUUGUUUGGAGGAGGCCAAGUGAAUGUGCAGCUCCAAAAGGGAGAGUUUAUUGUUUCCUUGGAUGAUGGUUGGAUCCGCUUUGCAGCUGCUUCCCAUCAGGUGGCAGAAUUAGUAAAGGAACUUCGUUGUGAACUUGACCAGCUCCUCCAGGAUAAGAUAAAAAACCCAAGCAUAGACCUGUGCACCUGUCCUCGAGGGUCACGGAUCAUCAGCACGAUUGUGAAACUCGUCACCACACAGUGAAGCCCUGUCGCGGAGUGCUCACUCCUCCCCUGCUGGCUCAGCUGGGAACCGACAGCGGCGCUUCUCCAUCCAGCUGCAGCACGUGGGGGCCGCCAGGGGAAGGAGCCCAGGGCAGGCUCUGCUGAGUCAGCUGCAGCCACACACGCCUUUAGGGACGUUUUCCAGACUGAGUGUUGCUAACCAAGCAGUGGGCACUCCUGCCUGGCACAGUUUGGAGUGUCAGUGUGAGACAGCUUAAAAACCAACCUGCCUGUUUUUUUUCCUCUCUGACUGCCCUGGAAUGAAUGAAAUUCAUCUGCUAACACAAAAGUGAACGUUUAAUACAGUGGUUUUAAUCUCUGUUUUUCUGCUUUUUAUUAGAGUGAGAUGAGGGGCAUGAGGAGAAAUACCAGUUUUUUUUUUCUGUCAUAAAAGCUCAACUGAGAGAAAUCAGAACAGAGAAGGGAAAAACUCAUGUGAGCAAGAAAAAUUAAAACUUCAUUUUCAGCCAUAGGUCAUUAUGUAAACUUCAUUUGUGAGGGGUUUAUUUUUACUCAUUAAAAUUCAGCUUAAAAAAAGUUGAGUUCUUAUUUGUUAUUAAAAUGUGAGCUGGUUUUAUCAGUAACACUCUUAUUCUUAAAAGCAGAACAACCUGGGUGUUUUCAUUCUCUUUUGGGUUUUCCAUUUAUGAGUCUUCCUCUGUCUUUUGAACUCGCCCGGAUCUAAGGGCCACAUUUCACAUUACCUGAAGGGGAAUUUUAAUGGUAUUCUCAGAACAUAGUUGGCAUGGUUCAGGUUCAUGGAGAAAGUUGCCAUGCUAGUGUCAGAUUUACAGCCAUAAAAAUACCUUCUAUGAGAGUGCUUAUUUUCAGUCACCACUUAGGUUAAUGUGGCACUCACAUUUUGAAAAAAAAAUAUGAAUACAUUUACCUUGGCUAGUUUUCAGCGUCCAAGAAGAAUUCCAGAAAAAUGAGUGGAAGACG